AGAAUUUUCUCGAGGGUUGCUUUGAGAGUUAAUGCAGUACGUACAUAGGUCGUGCGUCAUGUCGGCUCCGAACGCAUCUUCCGUUUGUCGAGUUCCUAUCACGUUUCAAGUAUCUCUUGAAUAUAACCGUAAUCUUUUCGUAUUAUCGAAUAAUUCUUGCAUCGAUAGUAGAAAAAAAGAGUGAAGCGCGAGUGGUAAUCGAGUGUUGUUUUACGGACACUUCCUAAAGGAAGAUCUGUGUGCUGUGAUUUAUCACUCAGGAGGCCGAAACACGCGCAACAACGGACAACCCCACAGGACCGGGGGGUGCUUCUCGUGUCUCGGGAGGAAGGUCAGGGUCUACAAAAGUUACCUUGGCUGUAACAGCCAUACAAGAGCCGCUUCUUUUUACAUCCAAAGAAUCCUCUGUGUUGCAUUAUAACUAGUAACACUGAAAUUAAAAAAAUUCGAUGCCUUCCAGGGACGAUAUUCGCUCCCUAUCCACUGAGCAACGCUGGAUCCCUCCUUCAACUGUUAGACGCGAUGCACUCACCCCAGAAAGCAGAAAUGAUCUCAUCUUUAGAAAGGUGCGGGGUAUUCUUAAUAAGCUUACGCCGGAAAAGUUCGCAAAGCUGAGCAACGACCUGCUCAACGUUGAGCUUAAUUCUGAUGUGAUUCUUAAAGGUGUUAUUUUCUUGAUCUUUGAAAAAGCACUUGAUGAACCCAAGUACAGUUCUAUGUACGCACAGCUGUGCAAACGGCUGUCUGACGAAGCUGCAAACUUUGAACCACGAAAAGCUCUCAUCGAUAGUCAAAAAGGCCAAAGCACAUUCACACUUCUCCUUCUUAACAAGUGCAAAGACGAAUUUGAAAAUCGUUCAAAGGCAAGCGAGGCAUUCGAAAAUCAAGAUGAACUCGGUCCAGAGGAAGAGGAACGCCGACAGGUGGCUAAGCGUAAAAUGCUUGGCAACAUCAAGUUCAUCGGAGAACUGGGAAAGUUGGGAAUCGUAUCGGAACCGAUUUUACAUCGCUGCAUCCAGCAAUUAUUGGAGAAGAAAAGGCGAGGGGGAUCCAGGGGGGACACCGCCGAGGAUAUCGAGUGUCUUUGUCAAAUCAUGCGUACCUGCGGUCGCAUCCUUGACUCGGAUAAAGGCCGCGGACUCAUGGAUCAAUAUUUUCGACGUAUGAACUCUUUGGCAGAGAGCAGCGAUCUUCCUUUACGUAUCAAGUUUAUGCUGCGUGAUGUCAUUGAGCUACGCCGUGAUGGCUGGGUACCACGCAAGGCUACUAGCACCGAAGGUCCAAUGCCAAUUAAUCAGAUCCGCAAUGAUAACGAAGAGUCUUCGAGGGGAAAUGGCUUCCACAGACGAGAGGAUCGCCUCGGAGCAGAGUUUUUAAGGAAAAUGGGACGUAGCGGAUUAGACAUGGACAUGAUGGGAAGUAUUCCAUUGACUUCUCCUUCGUUUGGCAUGCCACCUCCAUUCAGCCCAAAUGGAUUCUCAGGAACAUCCGGGGUUGGUUAUGGCCGCCACAACCAACGUAACCAGCCGGGUUACUAUCAAAACCAGAAUCGUCACCAGAAUAACUAUCAAGGGAAACAUAAUCAACAGCAACAUAAUUCACCACAAAACUUCAAUAACAAUAGCAGUAAAGAACAAUUACGCUUUAAUAAAAACAAGAUGUUGAUUGGACAUCCAGAAGAAGUAUCAUUAAGACCGUCAGCUAAUUCUAUGAUGUUUAAACAGACCAACAUUAAUCCCAACCUACCUCUCAACAGUGAUCUGUUCCCAGGAAGAGCAUCGGAAUUACCUCUUCUACGUACUAACACAUUGAAACCCAGCUCGCCAUUAUUGCACAAGGAAUUGCCACCAGCAAUCGUGAUAAAACAAGGUCCUGUAGAUAAAAGGGAGAAAGCAAGAGAUAGAAAAGACAAAGGAACUUCCAGAGAAGAGAUACUAAAGAAAGUGAACGCAUUAAUGGACGAUCUCGUUUCUCACACAAACAUACAGGACGCAAUAACAGCUUUUCAAGAUCUUAAGAUACCUGAACGAUUUUUACGUCAUGCAGUUUAUACGUUAUAUUCUAAUACAUUAGAUCGUGGAGACGGUGAACGCGAGCUCGUAGCUAAGCUCAUCGUUGAAUUGGUGAAAGCAGACGUGAUUACUGGACAGCAAGUACACGAAGGAUGGAAAGAACUAGUAUCCAAUAUAGCAGAAAAAGAGAGUACUGUGCCUUGUGUAGCUUCUCACGUUGCCUUCUUAACAGCUAAGGCCAUUGUGGAUAAUUUAAUUCAGAUAACCGAUCUCGUUGCUGUAACAGAAAACGGUCAACAUCAUCCAUUGUUUUUACUAACACUACAGCAGUUACAUAAAAGUCAAGGCAAAGCAAGACUCACACAGAUAUUUAACGAGAGCAAAGUGAAUCUUAUCAGUCAGCUUCCUGAGGCGGACAAGACGAAAGAAAGAUUAGCGGAAAUUUUAGAGGACAGAGAACUGACCUUCCUCUAUCCGCUUCUUAAGAUUCAAGGUGACAUAUGGCGUCAAUUAGAAUAUGACCCGAAUCCAAAUACUCUUUACAAAUGGAUCAAAGAAAAGUUAGAACCUUCGCAUCAUUCUAAUUCAGAGUUUAUUAAUGCUUUGAUGAACGUUCUUCUGAAAUACAUUACACAGGAAACAAUACUGGUACCCGGAGUUGAUCCAUCUAAUGUAGCCAAAUCAGUAAUAGAUAAAGAAAAGGCAUUACUGGAAAAAUAUUCACGUUUGAUGCGUUUAUUCUUCGUGGAUAUAGAGUCUCAAGUAACAGCUCUACAUGCGCUUCAAGCAUUUUGGUUCUCGCACAAUUUUCCAAAAGGAAUGUUACUGCGAUGGUUCGAUGGUCUUUAUCGAUUAGAAGUGAUCGAAGAAGAUGCUUAUUUCAAAUGGAAAGAAUGCGUUACUGACGCUUAUCCAGGCAAAGGCAAAGCAUUAUUUGAGGUAAAUAGUUGGUUAACAUGGUUGGAUAAUGCAUCAACGGAAGAUGAAAGUGAUGAUCAUAACGACGACGACGACAGCAACAAAAACUACAGAAUGCAGAAACUGUGAGAAGAAGAAGGAUACGUUCUACAGGAUAAACUAUAAUUUGGAAUAGGAUUUUACUAUCUAUAUUACUGAACCAGGUGGUUUCAGUUUACUAAUUGAGUUGUCUCCAUCCAUUACCACAAACGUCUUGUUAGUCUGUCAAGUCCUCGGCACCGAAGAAGAGGACUUUACCAAUCAUAUGUCCAAAAGAAAAAAAAAAAAUAUGGAUAGUUUGCAGCCCCCUGAGUGGUUUGCAUCAGACUUUAUAAGCAAGAAGUUUUAGAAUGUUUUAGAUAAUUGAAUAUAUUGAUUGAUAUGAUUUAAUAAUCAUAUUUGGGCCAGCAGAUAUCAACAUUCGCCGCUGUAUGAACAUUGGUGCAGAAAGAAAAGCAAGAAAAAAUUUAGUCUGGUGAAUUUGUGUUGUCAAAGUUUUUGUCUAGUAUUGUGCAUGUGUCACGUUUUGUAAGUCUUUUUGUCCGCGGCACCAGUGAGUCGCUUGUUAUCUCUGUGUACCAGCUUUUACAUUUAUUAUGAGGAAUUAUUAUCUAUUAUUAUUAACUAUUAUUAUUAUUAUUAUUAUUAUUAUUAUUGCUAUUAUUAUUAUUAUUAUUGCUAUUAUAUGAUUGAUCACAACAGUCAAAAUACAUCUACUUUCCUAAAGAAACUAUAAAGCAACAAAAAUUGAUCAGAAAUAGAACCGACUCAGUAUAAUUAGUAUACAAUGUGAAAGAAAAGAAUGUGAUUAAUAAUUCUCUUUAAAAUUUGAACGAAUUUGUAGUAUCUCAAAACGAAAACACUGAGUCACACUUAUACACCAAACAAAAUCACUUUUGCCCAUGUACCUAUUUGCUGCUCCAUUAAUUCUAUUAAGUAACUAAUAUGAAAUAACAACCAGCAGCCAACAUCACGAUUCACUUAACGUAACACAUAACGAAAAUUUAGCGAUACGACUAAAAAUCGUAUUUAAAAUAAAUAUACCUUGGUGUAAUUUAUUACA